AUGGAAGUGGACGACCUUUCGCUUAUCGGGCAGAGCACGACACUCUUUCGGCUGAGCAGUCUCUACAUGACGAGCAUAUCCGAGAAUCUCUGCCUUAAAACCGUAUUGCAGCUAAACAGAUCAGCUGAAGGGGGUCCUGGGACAUUGUUAUGUAUUCAACAAAGCUCUUCAAAUAGCUCUAAAGCCUUAUACUGA